UAGGCCGGGCCUGCCCGGCCACCCAGUGGACACGCAGCGGCAGCAGCUACGGAGAUAUGAGUUUGGCAGGGGUGGUGGCCGGGCAGCGGCCCCCCAGCUCGGGGAUCCCGAGCUCCUGGGGGACGUCGCGUCCGCGCCAACGCCAGCCCCCAGGCCUCCAGCACCCGGGGCAACACAACGCGCAAGUCGGGCUCAACGAGGCGCAGAAGCGGGUACUGGACCUGGAGAAAAGCCUGCAGUUCCUGCAGCAGCAGCACUCAGAGACUCUGGUCAAACUUCACGAGGAGAUUGAGCACCUGAAGCGAGAGAACAAGGAGCUCCAUUACAAGCUGAUAAUGAAUCAGAAGCAGCAGAAGAAAGGUAGCAUCUCCAAUUCCAGCUUUCAGUCCAGCAAGCCCACCUCAAAUUCAGCGGUGUCAGCCAACCCUCAAGGCAAGGCCAGGCCGCAGCCCAGCUCAAAGAAGCAAGAGUUGAAAGCUGAGAUUCCCCAGAAGACGGACCUGGAGGAGAAGAACUCCGUUGCUGCCCUGCUUCACAGCAGCAAGGUGGACAAAGUCGCCGGGACACAGGGGCUGGCCAAAGAUGAAGAAGUGAAGACCUUCAAUCCAGAGGCCACCGUUGCGGCGGGCAGUCAGCACAAGGGCAAGCAGGUGAUGGGGGCACACCCCGUGAUGAGCCUGCCCCCGCAUUUGCGCAAACCCACCUCGAUUCAGCAGUGUGAGGUCAUCAUCCGCCAGCUGUGGAAUGCCAACCUCCUGCAGGCCCAAGAGCUGCAGCAUCUCAAGUCUCUCCUGGAAGGGACCCAGAGGUCGUCCCAGGUGACACCUGAGGAGCCUGGCCCAAAAUCCACGGACCAGGAAGCCUCGCAGCUCCCCAAGGUCCCCACCAAGGGUGUCUCUAAGAAAUGCCUGAUCCUGAGCCCGAUGCCUGGGACGGAGCGUGCCAUACUGCCCGCACUGAAGCAGACCCUGAAGAAUAACUUUGCCGAACGGCAGAAAAGGCUGCAGGUGGUGCAGAGCCGACGGCUGCACCGCUCCAUGCUCUGACUGCCCCCGUGCGGGACCACAGCUGGAGACACCGGCCCUCUCCAGGUAGCGUUCCCAAAGCAUUCUAGUGCCACAUAAACCAAACUGACUGCAGACAAGGUCCUUGGUCUCAAGACUGAGAAACUUUAUUUUCUUGCUCGGUAUUUUGCUAUUCUGCAUUUACACAAAGACGUGUUAAAAGUAUUACCCCACCUGUAGAAGACGAAAUAAAGCUUGUUUCUCCCAGUCCUGAGUCUGGUCCCUCGCUGGCUGUCAGGCACUGCUGCUCUGGGAGGGCCCCAGCUCUGUGCCCUAUAAUGAGGGGGGCCGUCUGGCGGCUGCCCUGGAGACGAGCUCAGGCGGAGCACGCAUCCGGGUGGGAGCGCAGGGCCAUUUCCCGGCCUGCAGCCAGAGGAGAGGCGGCCUUCCAGGCACACGUGCACUGACUCCUGCCUGACCAGACACUCCUUGGGCAAGACGGCGUCCUCCAGCCUCAGAGACAGCUUGAGUCCCUCGACUGACAAACAGCUGAGAAGCCGCUCCUCCAAGCCCACUGUCCUCUGUCGGGGCUGGGGACCUACCCUGUGACGUCCCUACACCGUGAGGGCCAGACG